AUGGAAGAUCAGAGGGAGUACCACUUGAAGUUCCUGCCCUCCUCUGUGAUGCCCGAAGUCAUUCUCAUUGUGCCGCAUGUCACUCUCUCCAUGCUGGGAGCUCAGAGACUGGAGCAGGGCGGGGGCAGCGGGGGCAGCGAGAGGGCGGGCCCCACCGCGUCCCUCCACCGCAGCGCCGCGAGGCUCGCCGAGGGGCUGCGCGAAUACACCAAGAGUGGCCAUGCAUCUGCAUCUAAGGACUUUGUGCCUGAUGCCUUGGAGGUCCAAGUUCCUUGAAAAGCCUUCUUGGUCAGCUGAGGGAACAGUGGCAUUGGGAAAACCACAGCGAUCUCUAGAAUUCACAGAUGGUUUCCUUGAAUUCCACCAGGUGGCACAGUUCACCUGGUUUGUCGAGAUCAAGACCCAGCUCCAAGUUCCAAAGGUGAGAUCAUCAGGGAGAGCGCUAAGCAGAACAUCUUUCUGCAUGUGGAUUUGUCUGAUCCCAAGAAAAUCUGGAAAUUUAUUGAAAAAUUCAAGCAGGAAAAUCAACUCAGUGUUCUGAUCAAUAAUGCAGGGUGUGUGGUCAAUAAGACAGAGCUCACUGAAGACAGACUUGAAAAACACUUUGCUACCUCCACCCUCGGUGUGUAUAUUCUCACGACUGCCCUGAUCCCUGCGUUGCAGGAAGAACUAGACCCCAGAGCAGUACCAGUCUCCUCAGGAGGAAUGUUGGUUCCGAAAUUGAACACCCAUGAUCUACAAUCAGAAAGGACAGCACUUAGUGGAAUGAGGGUCUAUGCACAGAACAAGGUGAGUGACAGGCAGCCGGGGUCGCUGCCGGAGCGGUGGGCCCGAGGGCACACGGCCAUCCAGGGCUCAUCACGCUGGGGAGCUGUUAGAUCGGGACCCCGUUCCACACACUUGCCUCUUGCUAGGACAGCCUCGUCACCGGCUGAAGAGGAGGAAUUGACAGAAAUCCGGGAGAGCGGCUCAGAGUAA